AUGUACAUGAUGACAAUGCUUCUACGUUAUUCAUCUUUUCUCAUUGUCUUGGUAUUUCUUCAAAACUUUUCCUUCUCAAAAGCCCUGAAAAGCAGUUUCAGUGUGGAGAUGAUCCACCGUGAUUCACCAAAAUCACCAUUUUAUCGUUCCACGGAAACUCAUUUCCAACGAGUUGAAAAUGCGAUUCUUCGUUCCAUCCAUCGUGCUAAUUACUUGAAACUAGACUCAAACGAUGUUGAGAGCACAAUAACACCAGCUUCAGGAGAAUACCUGCUGAACUAUUCAGUUGGAACUCCACCGGUCCAAAUCCUUGGUAUAGUUGAUACUGGUUCAAACAUAAUUUGGAUGCAAUGUCAACCUUGUAAAGGCUGUUACAAACAAGACAGACCCAUAUUUGAUCCUUCAACUUCAAAGACAUACACUAGUAUGCCUUGUGUUGCUCCUGAAUGUUUGAGAGCGGAACAAGCAUUUUGCAAUUUUAACAAUAGAAAGCGCUGUGCAUAUAAAGUGAGCUAUGGUGAUGGAUCAACUUCAGAAGGAGAUUUCAGUUGGGACACCAUUAGUCUAUAUUCCAGUAUUGAAGAUGUUCCUGUAGCAUUUCCCAGAACUGUGAUUGGAUGUGGACACAACAACUAUGGACUCUUUGGUAGGCAUAGCUCUGGCGUAGUUGGCCUUGGAAAUGCACCUUCCUCACUUGCAGGUCAGUUAAAACCUAAAACAGGUGGAAAAUUUUCGUAUUGUUUGACGCCAAUGGUUGAUGAAGAUGCAAAACCUAGCUAUCUCCAUUUUGGAGAUCGUGGUGAGGUUAUUGAAGGUACCGUUUCAACCCCUCUAAUCAUAAACAAAGAAAUGCCAAGCAGGUACUUCGUGGUGAUGGAAGCCAUCAGUGUGGGAAGCAAGAGAAUAGAGUUUCCCCAAAAAGGUGAAGAUGGAAACAUCUUACUUGACUCAGGGACGACAAUCACUUUUUUGCCAGAUGAAGUUUAUUCAAGUUUGGAACAAGAAAUGAUAAAUGCAGUUAAUUUACCUCGUACUAAUAGCCCAAUAAAAAGUUUGAAUUUGUUGUGCUACGAAAUUACACCUGGUCUACCAUAUCAGAUACCAACAGUGUUUGCACAUUUUAAAGGUGGUGGAACUGUGCAAUUGCAUUCUAUCAACACCUUUAGCACGGUCAGCGAAUAUGUCAUAUGUUUGGCUUUCCGUUCAGGUUCUCUACCCAUAUUUGGGUAUUUGGCACAGCAGGACAUCUUGGUUGGCUAUGACACACAACAAAACACAGUUACCUUUCUCAACACAGAUUGUACCUCCGAGUUAUAG